GAAUGAUCGAUGCUUCCUCCACGCCCCAAGAGCCGCCAUUUUGGGGGGAGGAGAAACACUUGUUGGGGCGGCAGAGGCUCAACGGGAUGUUUACUGGCUUUUGCUUCUCUUGCCAGCACUGUGGGACCGGGGGAGAAAAAUCCACCGGGGCCACUCCUCCGGCUGCCUCUCCGGAAUGAGGCCUCGGCUCCCGCGCGGGACGUCCCCCUGUCUCCUCCGAGAGAGCCCAAGGAGAGGCCGAAGCCGAGACGAUGCCUGGGAAGCUGAAGGUGAAAAUCGUGGCCGGGCGCCAUUUGCCAGUGAUGGACCGAGCUAGUGACCUGACUGAUGCCUUCGUGGAGGUAAAAUUUGGUAAUACUACCUUUAAAACAGAUGUGUAUCUCAAGUCCCUCAACCCUCAGUGGAACUCAGAAUGGUUUAAAUUUGAGGUGGAUGAUGAAGAUUUACAAGAUGAACCUCUACAGAUCACAGUUCUUGACCAUGAUACUUAUAGUGCCAAUGAUGCCAUUGGUAAAGUGUACAUUGAUAUUGAUCCUCUGCUGUACAGUGAAGCUGCAACAGUCAUCUCAGGAUGGUUUCCAAUUUAUGAUACCAUACAUGGUAUCCGUGGGGAAAUCAAUGUAGUUGUCAAAGUAGAUCUCUUCAAUGAUUUAAAUCGAUUUAGGCAAUCGUCAUGUGGAGUCAAAUUCUUUUGCACAACAUCUAUUCCAAAGUGCUAUAGAGCUGUAAUAAUUCAUGGAUUUGUAGAAGAACUUGUGGUCAAUGAAGACCCAGAGUAUCAAUGGAUUGAUCGAAUUCGCACACCAAGGGCAUCAAAUGAGGCCAGACAGAGACUCAUUUCUUUAAUGUCAGGUGAACUGCAGAGGAAGAUUGGCUUGAAAGUACUUGAAAUGAGAGGAAAUGCGGUUGUUGGGUACUUACAGUGUUUUGAUCUGGAAGGCGAGUCUGGGUUAGUGGUACGAGCCAUAGGAACAGCGUGUACUCUGGAUAAAUUAAGUAGCCCAGCAGCGUUUCUUCCUGCAUGUAAUUCCCCAUCCAAAGAAAUGAAGGAGAUUCCCUUCAAUGAAGAUCCCAAUCCCAAUACUCACUCAUCAGGACCCUCAACCCCUCUGAAAAACCAAACUUAUUCCUUUUCACCUUCCAAGUCCUACAGUCGACAGUCCUCCUCUUCUGACACAGAUUUGAGUUUGACACCCAAAACUGGAAUGGGAAGUGGGAGUGCUGGAAAAGAAGGGGGGCCGUUUAAAGCUCUUUUAAGACAACAGACGCAGUCGGCAUUGGAACAGAGGGAAUUUCCAUUUUUUACCUUGACGGCGUUUCCCCCUGGAUUUCUUGUGCACGUUGGGGGUGUUGUUAGUGCGCGCUCUGUGAAGCUUUUGGAUCGUAUCCACAAUCCUGAUGAACCAGAAACUCGAGAUGCGUGGUGGGCAGAAAUCAGACAAGAAAUAAAGUCGCAUGCUAAAGCUUUAGGCUGUCAUGCUGUAGUGGGCUACAGUGAAUCAACUAGCAUCUGUGAAGAGGUCUGUAUUUUAUCUGCAUCCGGCACAGCAGCUGUACUGAACCCUAGAUUUCUGCAAGAUGGCACCGUGGAGGGCUGUUUGGAACAGAGGCUAGAAGAAAAUUUGCCUGCGGGCUGUGGAUUUUGCCAUAUACCAUAUGAUGAACUGAAUAUGCCAUUCCCAGCUCAUCUCACAUAUUGCUAUAACUGCAGGAAACAAAAAGUUCCUGAUGUUCUCUUUACAACUAUAGACCUCCCAACAGAUGCAACAGUUAUUGGAAAAGGUUGUCUUAUUCAAGCAAGGUUAUGUCGCUUAAAAAAGAAAGCACAGGCGGAAGCAAAUGCCACAGCUAUCAGUAAUCUGCUGCCGUUUAUGGAAUAUGAAGUGCACACUCAGCUCAUGAAUAAACUGAAACUGAAAGGAAUGAACGCUUUAUUUGGACUGAGAAUUCAGAUCACAGUGGGUGAAAAUAUGUUGAUGGGCUUAGCAUCGGCCACAGGUGUGUAUUUAGCAGCUUUACCAACUCCUGGUGGUAUUCAGAUUGCCGGGAAGACUCCUAAUGAUGGCUCCUACGAACAGCAUAUAUCUCAUAUGCAAAAGAAGAUAAAUGACACGAUUGCUAAGAAUAAAGAGUUAUAUGAAAUCACUCCUCCAGAGAUAUCUGAAGAGAUUAUAGGAUCACCCAUCCCAGAACCCAGACAACGCUCAAGACUUUUAAGAUCUCAAUCAGAAAGCUCUGAUGAAGUUACAGAAUUGGACCUUUCACAUGGGAAAAAAGAUGCUUUUGUUUUGGAGAUUGAUGACACAGAUGCUAUGGAAGAUGUACAUUCUCUACUUACUGAUGUUCCUCCUCCUUCAGGCUUUUAUAGUUGUAAUACAGAAAUCAUGCCUGGUAUAAAUAAUUGGACAUCUGAAAUACAGAUGUUCACAUCAGUAAGAGUAAUCCGAUUAAGCAGCCUUAACCUGACUAAUCAAGCUCUCAAUAAGAACUUUAAUGACCUCUGUGAAAAUUUGCUCAAGAGCCUGUAUUUUAAACUACGGUCUAUGAUCCCCUGCUGCCUUUGCCAUGUAAAUUUUACAGUAUCUCUGCCUGAAGAUGAAUUAAUUCAGGUUACAGUCACAGCAGUUGCAAUAACUUUUGACAAAAAUCAGGCUUUACAGACCACAAAAAUACAUGUCGAGAAGUCAUUGCAAAGAGCCUCUACAGAUAAUGAAGAACUUCUGCAGUUUCCACUGGAACUCUGUUCAGAUUCACUUCCUUCUCAUCCUUUUCCACCUGCUAAAGAACACCUGGAGAGUGCAAGUUCUAACUCAGGUAUACCAGCUGCACAGAGAGCAGCGUCAGUUGAUUACAGUUCCUUUGCAGACAGAUGCAGCGGCUGGAUAGAGCUCAUUAAACUGAAAGCUCAGACCAUAAGGCGCGGCUCGAUGAAGACAACUGUGACAGUUGAAAAAGCAAGUCCAAUGGGUGAAGGAAAUUUCCGGAAUCGUUCUGCCCCACCUUGUGCAAAUUCUACAGUUGGGGUUGUUAAGAUGACGCCUCUUUCUUUCAUUCCUGGAGCAAAAAUAACUAAAUAUCUUGGGAUAAUUAACAUGUUUUUUAUUCGGGAAACCACUUCUCUUCGUGAGGAAGGAGGGGUCAGUGGGUUUCUCCAUGCUUUCAUUGCUGAAGUGUUUGCAAUGGUGAGAGCCCAUGUCGCUGCGUUAGGAGGGAAUGCUGUUGUCUCCUACAUAAUGAAGCAGUGUGUCUUCAUGGAGAAUCCAAAUAAAAACCAGGCACAAUGUCUUAUAAACGUAAGUGGUGAUGCAGUGGUUUUUGUUCGUGAAUCUGAGUUGGAAGUGGUGUCAACUCAGCAGCCCACUGCCAACUGCCAGCCAUCCUGUACUGGAGGAGAAGUUACAACCUGAAGAAAGUGAGAAGGAAAGAGCUCAACUAAAUGAAAGUCAUCUGUCUCCAUUGUUUUGUCAUUAAUUAUCUUACUACACUUUAAAAAAUGAACUUAAUUGGAGAUAAUUAAGAAAGAAUUGUGGAUAGAUUUGAUUUUUCUGGAAUCUCUUAGAGGCAUAGAAUUUUCAAAUCUGGACAAUUGUUUGCCAAGCCUAGAUGGACAGACCCCGUGGAAUCUCGACCCUUCAGUAAGUUCAGAUAAAUUUCUCAGAGAACCAUAGCAAAGAUGAAAGCUUUUUGUAAUUUAUGUUGAUUUUAAUAAAAUCAUAAUUUAAAAAAUGAAAUGGUAAGAUUAUCAGGAAAUGAGGAUAGCUACCCUAGUGUAAUUUAGAAAAACUAAGCAACAAAUUCACAAAUUGUUAAUGAAUAAAUUAUCUGAUUUGGGAAAUGUGUGGGGAAAAUGAAGAAAAGUUUUCAGAAAACUCUGUGGGUUUCUUAAUGUGUUUUAUUUUGGUGAGGAAUUUGGUAACAACUGAAAGGGAAAAGUGCUUCAGCAAAACAAGUGAAAAUUCUGCAACUUAUAUCCAUAAUAUGUCCUAACUACUAUAAAAGGGGAAGUAAUUUAUCAGAGCCAGUGUCCUUCCAUUCAAAGUUUUAAUAAGGUCUCUAAGGAGGGAGGAAAAAAAUUACUAUAACUCUGUUACUGGCCACAUUUCAGUUAGUGUUUAAUUUGUCUAGAAGAGGCUUGACUUCAACUGGGAAGAAACGGUCAGUGAAUUUUGUUGAAAUCUCAUUGAUCUAGUAGGAACAUAAAAUUAUUUUCUAAUAAAAUCAUACUGUACUAUCAAAUAAGCAGAAUUCUAGUAAUGUAGGGAUUUUUGAUGGUGAAUUAGACUGUAUUUGGCAUAGAAUUUGAAAAUGUAACUUGAGUGUAAAUAUGUUACAAAAUGUUGAAUGUAUACAUAGAAAUACUUUUUUGGUCAAUGCCCAAUACCUAUUAUAAAUGAACUUAAAAAGUACAUUCCUCCUUUGCACAGUAAAAUUUCUUUAUAAAACUCAUGGUUUUGUUCUUCCACGAUAACAAACUGCUCUAAAGAUUAGGAGUCAUUUCCUUGUUGUCACAGGUGUCAAUAUUUUUCUGUAUUUUGUUUAUAAUUUUAUUUUUCAAAUAAAAAGUUUAUAAAGAUGAA